AUCCAACGCCGCCUCUCCUCCGUCCGUCGUCGUCGGCGCCCCCUUCACCGCCGCCUCCUCCGGCCGCCAAGAAUAAACGAAACCCUGUACUCUAUCCCUCUACGUUUUAAAGGGAGCUGAUCCUGCAAUUGCUGGUGAGAUGGGAUUAACAGCCUUGCAUCACGCUGCAGGUAACGGCAAAGAAGAAUCUGUGAAGCUGCUGCUGGAGCAGAAUGCAGAUCCGAAUGCAGAAACAGAAGAUGGUAUCACUCCAUUGCUGGGAGCCAUGGCAGCGGGUUCGUUGAGAUGUGUCCAGCUGUUGGUGAAUGCUGGUGCCAGGGCAAAUGUCAGCGUCCGUGGAGCAACACCUUUGCACAUUGCUGCAUUUACUGGUAGCCCAGAAAUGAUCAAGACAUUGUUAGAAGCAGGAGCUGAUCCGGAUGAAGGUGAUGUGGAGGGGUUGAAGCCAGUUCAGGUGGCUGCUAGUAUGGGUAAUCGAGUGGCUGUUGCCCUUCUUUUCCCUGUAACAUCACCGAUUCAAGGGGUGCCAGAAUGGAGUGUUGAUGGGCUAAUCAAACACAUGAAAGCUCAGGAAAAAGCUCGGAUUGAAUCAAACAAGGCCAAAGGGAAUAGAAGUCUUUGUUGGAUCCAUGCAACUGUGCAAGCCUUAGCCGAUGCCAAAGCUUGCAGAGAAGUCAGGCCAGAUUGGUUUAGGGAAGGUGCUGCUCUACGUCUAGUGCUGAAGUUUGAAGAUGCAGAAACGUCUAAAUAGUAGUCAUCUGAUUGAAGAGCGCAAGGAGGCUUGGGUGAGGAUGGAUGUAGUUGACAACUUUUGAGUAACGCCGAGGUCAUGACCAGGAUUGCUUUUGGGUGAGUGUGGCUGGUCUCUGUAUUUGCUUCUUCUUAUGAUAAAGGCUCUGUUUCCAGGGGAAUUUGAUCUGUUUAUUGGUUGUUUUUAAGCUGAGAACCAGCUGAUUGCUCUAAAUUGCAAUGAUUGGUUAGGUUGGGAGGAAUGGGUCACUAACAUUGGGGUUAUUUGGUGUGGCAUUGUUCUUCUCUGCAAUUCAGACUUAAAGAGUUUUUGGGUUUGGCUUGGACUUGGGGUGUAAGCUUGGAUCUUGUUUAGCCUAUGGUUCUUACCCACCUAACUCUCUUGGUAAACUCUCACCCCGUUUCGACCCGAGCCCAUCCCCACCUUGUCUAUAAAUAAAGCAAACAGACCAAU